UUCAUUUCACAGACCACCUAAGUCUUCACUCAUUCUAGUAAACACUGUAAGUGGGCUUGAGGUCUUUCAGAUUUUCUUCUAUCUAUUGGUCCUUCCACCUCACAUGGAUGAAAGGUUGAGAACAGCAGCUCGUACAGGAAAUGUUGCUGAUUUGUACAAUUUAAUUCAAAGAGAUGGAAAUGUUUUGAGGCACUUUGAUGAGGUGGAGUUUGUCGACACUCCUUUACAUAUUGCUGCAGAAGAAGGAUGCAUUAGGUUUGCAAUGGAAAUGAUGAACUUAAAGCCAGCAUUUGCUAGGAAGCUAAACCAACAGGGCUUGAGCCCACUUCACAUUGCAGUUAAACAAGGGCAUAAAGAGAUGGCUCUACGUUUCUUGGAAAUGGAUAAAGAUCUUGUUCGUGUCAAAGGAAAGAACGAAAACAACAGACUGGAUGUUCUCCAAGUCCUAAUUCGAACAAUUUGGAAGACAGACUAUUAUCGGGAAGUGGUGAACCAAAUGGACGAAGAUGGAAACACUGCACUGCACUUAGCUGCUUUCCAUAAUCAACUAGAGAUGCUUAAACUACUAUUAAACUGCAAAGCCGAUAAGCAUGCCAACAAUCAGGCUGGUUGGACGGCAAUGGAUGUAGCACAACAACAACAUAAUAGGGAAAGCAUUACUAUUCUGCGUGGUUGCUUUAUUCCAGAAGUUUCAAACUUUAAAUGUAAAUUGGAGAAACAAAUCGUCAAGCAUGUGACAAAGGCGUCAUCACUAAUUUUUCACAAUAUGGAUAAUAUAUCAGGCGAGGACCGCAAUGCCUUACUAGUAAUUUUAGGACUACUUCUAGCUGCAACCUACCAAGCCAGUCUAAGCCCCCCUGGUGGUGUUUGGCAAGGUGAAAAUACCUCAACGUCCAAAGGAUCAUAUGAUUCAACAGUACCAGGGAAAUCAGUCAUGGAUAAAUCUAGUUUUCUUCAUUUCUACAUUCCAACUUAUAUUGUCUUCAUAGUAACCUUUUUCCUAAUACUAGCCCUGCUUAAACCAUUUCCCCAUGGUUUCAGGACAGCACUUCAAGUACUACUUGCCUUUCUUGCAAUGUGCUUCGACCAAUCAAUAUCUUUCAUAGCCCCUACCUUUCUAACAUCGGGAAUUCUCUGUAUAUUUUCAACAAUUAUUUUCAUUUUAAUGGUGUUCAUGUGCAUCGCAUAUCAAGUGUCAAAAUUCAGUGUUUCAAUCGUGGGAUGUUGGAUAUUUUCUUCAUUUUUUCUUUCCAUUUUAGGUGGAGAAAUAGUUGGAGGUGUAAUUCAAGGAUUGUUGUUGUUCCUUUUUCUAUCCGAUGAGUCCUUAAAAGGAACUAUUGUAGUUGUAGGUUAUGGUUUAUUCUUUAGAAUAGAUUCUUUGAUUGGUAUUGAUAAUGGUGUUGAUGAUAUUAGCUCCAGAUACCCUAUUAUGCUUAAACUACUGUUAAACUGCAAGGCUGAUAACCAUGCCAUCAAUCAAGCUGGUUCAACAGCACCGGAUGUUGCACAAGAACAUAAUAUCAGAGAAAGCAUUACUAUUCUACGAGGGUUGCUUCUAACUGCAACCUACCAAGCUAGUCUUUGCCCACCUGGUGGUGUUUGGCAGGGAGAUAAUACUUCAAAGUCCAAAAGGUCAUAUGAUGAGAUGAACAGCACUUCAAGUGUUGCUUGCUUUAUUCACAAUAUGCUUCGACCAAUCAAUAAGAAAGCCGAGAUCUCGGCAAAAGAGGGCCGAAAUCGAAAGAAACCUUUCGGUUCUCCCUCUCCACCACCGCCGGAAACAGGUACUUUGAUGGGAGUGGUUGGUGGUGGUUACGGCGGUGGCAGGGAGUUGGUGGCUGAAAACCCUAGAGCACCGAAGUCUUCACUCAUUCUAGUAAACACUGUAAGUGGGCUUAAGCUCUUUCAAAUUUUCUUUUCUCAAUUGGUUCUUCCACCUGAUAUGGAUGAAAGGUUGAGAACAGCAGCUCGUACACGAAAUGUUAGUCAUCUAUACAGUUUAAUUCAAAGAGAUGGAAAUGUUUUGAGGCACUUUGGUGAGAUGGAGUUUGUCGAAACUCCCUUACAUAUUGCUGCAGAAGACGGAUGCAUUAGGUUUGCAAUGGAAAUGGACUUAAAGCCAUCAUUUUCUAGGAAGCUAAACCAACAAGGCUUGAGCCCACUUCACCUUGUUGUUAGAAAAGGGCAUAGAAGGGUGGUUCUACGUUUCUUGGAAAUUGAUAAAGAUCUAGCUCGUGUCAAAGGAAAGAAUGGUAAGACACCUUUGCACAUCAUAAGUGAAGUUGGAAACAAUAAUGGCCUGUUGGAUAGAUUCCUAAAGAUGUAG